UUGGUUCAUUUUCUGUUUUUCCAUUUUCCAGGUAAAAAAUGGCGUUCGCUGACACCGCAAGACAGGCGACCGUUCGUGGAGGAGGCUGAGAGGUUGAGGGUUAUCCAUAUGACGGAGCACCCCAACUACAAGUACCGGCCUCGGCGACGGAAACAGAACAAGACGAGGCCGAACCAGCCUUCGACGCCAGCUAAUGCGCCCGCCGCCUCCGCUGCCCUUGGGUCCCCAUACGCAGCCGCCUCCGAUUCCCCAGACACUAGAUUCUCUCACAACCCUGGCGCUGGCUUCUCUCCUUAUCGCACCUCGCCGCUAGCCUCCGACUCUUUCCAAUCCAACCAGUUCAACGGCCACGUCCAAACCCCGGAAUCGUCUCCAGCGAGGUCCCCUGAGCCUCAAGGACGGAGGUCCGCGCCCGCCGAAGCCCCCCUGCCCACCCCAGAUGCCUCGCCCGUCGAAAACGAAAAGGAAAACUUUCAGUACGAGGAAAGGCGAAGAGCCAUCAACGCCUCCUCCCUCUCAGACUCAUAUUCUCCAUACAAACCUUACCGGACACCGGGUUCCUUCUCGCCCGCACCCGUCGCAGCCAUGGGAAUGGCCAAUGGAAUGUACGUCAUGUGCACGCAGAGGACCCUCGCAGAACAAUCGCCCCUCGUCACUGGGACCUUCUUUCCUCCAGUAGCCACUUCUCAAGACCAGCAGACGCUUGGCACGACUACACCAAGAGUGUCAUCAGCCCCAAGUGGCCCGAUGCAAUCUGAAUACAGCAUCCAGUAUCAUCCAUAUGAGCAGUACGAGCAAAUGUAUAAAACUGAGGACUCAUACGUGUCGCACUACUCUGAGCAGCCUAAAACCGAGUACGACACGGGUGGCUCUUACUUCUCUGAGGAGCCGCCUUCCAAUCAGGGUCAAGAACCGGAGCAGUACAUGAGUUCCCGUCCGGAGAUUAGGACAGGGUCGCCGGAGUCUGACGUGGACGCCCGGGAGUUUGAUAAAUAUUUGGAUUAUGGAGCUGAAGGUGGGCCGAUGGAACAGCAUCAGCAUCAGCAGCAGUAUAGAUACGAGCAGCAGCAGCAGCAACAGCAGGGCUACAGGCCCCCGUACUGCCCUGAACAAGGCCCCGGGCCUGAGUACUGCUCUGAACGGAUGUACCCGUCCCCUUACGCUUCUGUGAUCUCCGGGGCCCCGCCGGCAGGGCCCUACCCCCCCGCGCCCCCGGGGACCGACGUCAGGCCCGAAGACGAGUUCAGCGUGAUCCUCGCGGGCGUCCGACAGACCUGCUACAGCAAUUGACUAAGGACUGAUGAACUAGGAUCUUAGGACACUUCCUAGAUAUGGCCCAAAGAAUUUGACAUGACUAUUGAAAAUUGUAUUUUAAUCCAUUGAGUCCUAUAGUAACACCAGUGCUUGUAUUAAUAUUCAUAGGUGAAUACUUGUUUAUUAAAUUGAAAUUAAGGUAUUUUUAUGGAAUAAUAUUGUUGAAUUGACGAACAAUUGAUUGUAUGUACGAAUUGUGAUGAAAUGUUAGUUAAAAUUAAAUCAUGAUCAAUUGUAAGACUUGAUAUGAUAUUAUGUAAUAAAUAAAGGCUGUUAUCGCUUGUAUAUCUAAAACUGAAUGUAUUGGUGCUAUGUACGAAGGUCCUAUUAAAAACUGGUAAAUAAAACGUUUUUUCCAAAACGGUAUACCAUAGAGAUAGCAGAUUAGCGAUUCCUAUUAAAACAAUUAUUUAUUUGUAACUAUUUUUGUAUAUUACGUAGAUAAAAUUAACAAACAAAAAAAUCAAAAUAAAUGAAUAUUAGCUCUUCCAUGAAGCCUGUAGAUAUAGUGUAGGUUUUAUUUUUAUAACAAUUCUAGAUAUAAAGUUAUUUGUAUAAAUUGUAAUUGUUGAUUAAAAUAUCUCAUAGCAAUAUUGUACUAAAUGUUUAGUUAUUGUGUUUAGUGUACUUUGAAAUUUUAGUUAUUUAGCAUAAAACACUCGCACUGCGAAACUUUAGUUCUUCCUAAUUU